CAAAUAGCAAAUAUUAUAUUCUUAAGCAUAUAUUUUAAACCAUAUUCCAAACCUAAUUUCAUCCCGCUGUUAUCCUCUUAUCGAUAUGGCCAAUAACAAAAGCAACUUUCUUCUUCUUCUGGCUAUAGUGCUCAUCGCCGUCGUGGCUCCUUCGGCGGAUUCAGUAUCCGUGAAUCUCGACGUAGGCAUUCUCCUGGUGGAAGCCUCGCUUCCGAUCAACCUCGGUCUCUUGGGUCCGAUUCUCGAGGCGAAUGUUUCGCUGACACGAAACGGUUCAGUCCUCGCACGAGCUAAUAGACUCGUCCCGGGCAUAAUUAACUUGGUAACCACUAACUUAACUCCCAUCAACGUCGGUUCAGGCGGCUUGAUUCCGAUCGACGUCAGUGCCACGGUUCGUCUCCUUGAUUUGGCCGUCGUGAAUCUCACUGCUCCGCUCAGACUUACGGCUGUUAUUUUAAAUGUUGUUGAUACCAAUGUUGCACUCGGAACUGCUCUUGGGAUUGCUGGUCCUUUUGUUGUUAUUGGUUGAUGAUCUACUGAUACGUACUAUGAUCUCCGUCGUCUGACAAUAGUCCGAUUUUAUGAAACUAUUUUAGUUUUAUAAUUUUAGGCUAUCAGUUCAGGAUAGAUACAAUAAAAUUACGUACCUUUCGCGUGUACUAGAAUGAAUGAGCAAUACCUAGAAUGGAAUAUUGGUCUAUAUAUUCAUCCAUAUGUGUGUAAACGUGACACUCUAUUAGUCACAACUUUAAUAACAGUAUAAAAAUAAAAAUUUUCUUUAUAACAAAA